AUGAACCAUUCUAACUUCCCACGACACCCUUUCCUUGUCGGCGCCCAUCUCUUUCUCUCACUCUCUCUCUCUCUCUCUCUCUCUCUCUCUCUCUCUCUCUCUCUCUCUCUCUCUCAACUUCCCUUUCUCUAUCUAGUUAACUAUAACUAUCUGUCUGUCUGUCUACCUAUCUAUCUAUCUCAGUACAUUAUCUAUCUAUCUCUCUAUGUUCAUAUCUAUUUAUUUAUCUCAGCUCAUAUCUAUCUAUCUAUCUAUCUAUCUAUCUAUCUAUCUAUCUAUCUAUCUAUCUAUCUAUAUAUAUUAAGAAAUGGACAAGUAUUAAAUAAUAUCUAUCUAUCUAUGUUCAUAUCUAUUUAUCUAUCUCAGUUCAUAUCUAUCUAUCUAUCUCAGUACAUUAUCUAUUUAUCUAUCUAUAUAUCUAUCUCAGUACAUUAUCUCUCUAUGUUCAUAUCGAUUUAUCUAUCUCAGUUCAUAUCUAUCUAUCUAUCUAUCUAUCUAUCUACCUAUCUAUCUAUCUAUCUCAGUACAUUAUCUAUCUAUCUAUCUAUCUAUCUCAGUACCUUAUCUAUCUAUCUAUCUAUCUAUCUAUCUAUCUAUCUAUCUAUCUAUCUAUCUAUCUAUCUGUUUGUUUCUCUGCCCACUUGCCCAACUAAUCCCUCCCUUAAUCGAUUUUAUCGAUCUAUAGAUUUACGCGUAAAUAGGUACAUGCAGCGAACAAGUUUCCUACCCACAACCGCACCCUACAACAAUUCCCUUUCUGCCUUUCUCAACGCAUACGUUUGCUCAUGUAUGAGUGAAUGUAUAUAUACAUUUCUUCAUAUCUAUCUAUCUAUCUAUCUAUCUAUCUAUCUAUCUAUCUGUCUGUCUAUCUAUCUAUCUAUCUAUCUAUCUAAACAUAAACAUGUUCAUAUCUAUCUAUUAUCCAUCUUUCUAUUGCUCUCAAUCGGUUCAUAUCUAUCUUUAAACCUUAUCUAUCUAUCUAUCUAUCUAUCUAUCUAUCUAUCUAUCUAUCUAUCUAUCUAUCUAUCUUUAAUCAUAUCUAUCGCAAUUAAAUCAUAUCUAUCUAUGUAUCUAUCUAUCUAUCUGUCUGUCUGUCUGUCUGUCUGUCUAUUUUCUGUUUCACUUCUCUCUUUUUCUAUCUUCUUUUACUCUGUAUUUGACUUCGCCAUUGCUUUCCACUUCUCCCCUCUCUCUCUCUCUCUCCCUCUCUCUCUCUCUCUCUCCCUCUCUCUCUCUCUCAUUCCUGGCUUUUCAUUUUUUUUCCUUACUCUUUCUUCUUCUUCUCUCACUCUCUCCAUAAUUUUUUACUUUUCCCUCUCUUUUCACUCCUCUCUUUCUUCUGGCUUAUUUCUCCCCCUCCUUUCUCUCUCUCUCUCUCUCUCUCUCUCUCUCUCUCUCUCUCUCUUCCUGUCUACAUAUUUCUUCUCUUUAUAUUAUCAUGCACAUCUGCAUCUCUCUUUCUCCCGGAUUUUCUAUCUUCUAUCCCUCUCUCUCUCUCAUUCAUCUCUCACUUCGCCUUCGCUUUUCCCUUUUUUCUCUCUCUCUCUCCUGGAUUUUCUCUUUUUCUCCUUCUCUAUCUCUCUCUCCCCUCUCUAA